UAGCAGUACAUAGCCUUUUACUGCCGAUUUCCUUUAAGGUUCUUAAUCGCCAAGUCUGUUCAGCUCUAAAUUACUUGGAAGCUGUGCUUCAAGACAAGAAAAGACGUGGUUUAUUAAACUCACAUUAGAAACAGAUUUUGGCCAAGCAUUUCAUAAGAUUACCUGCUGUCCCUGACGGGCAUGGAACUCACAGAGCAGUGCCUCCACCUGGCCUUCCUGCUGACAUUUCUGCCCCUCGCCGUGGAAACAAAAGCCAACCAUACCCACCUGUGGCUUAACCAUACUGUUGGGGACCCAGCUAUUCAAAACAAGGCAGGUGAAAACACUACCACAAACCCUCCAGCUCCUGAUGGAGGUGAUCAAGGUAAUUCUACAAGCCAGCCUGAGAGAGCAACAACAUCUCCCAUCACAUCCUCAACUCCUAAAUCUGAGCAGGAGCUUUACACACCUGUUGUGGUCAGGAAGAGUUCUGCAGCCGUACAGAACAUUGAAAACACAAGCAAGAGUCACAGUGGGAUUUUCAAAGAGGAUGCCUGUGAUGAGAACAACCACAAAAUGGCCAUGCUAAUUUGCUUCAUUAUCAUCGCAGUGCUUUUUCUCAUCUGCACCCUCCUAUUUCUCUCCACGGUGAUUCUGGCAAACAAAGUCUCAACUCUCCGAAGAGCAAAACAAACAGGCAAGCGGCAGCCUCGAAGCAAUGGUGAUUUUCUGGCAAGCAGUGGUCUAUGGCCGGCUGAUUCAGACACUUGGAAAAGAGCAGAGCAGCUCACAGGGCCCAACCUAAUGAUGCAAUCCACAGGAGGGCUCACAGCUACAAGGGAAAGAAAAGAUGGAGGAGGAACCGAAAAACACUCCCUUGCUAACAGAUGCCUGAAUGAAGAAAAUCACCAAGGCUCAGCGAGAAAGAUUUUGGAGUGAAAAUGAAGCUUGGUAUUUAAUGCCAAAGUGUUGGUCUAGGGGUCGAAAACCUGACACGUGGGGCCUUACUAUGUAGAUUCCAGCAGGUGGGAGGGGGAGAAGCAGCCUGCGUACGGAAUUACUUGAACUGUGCACUUUGUCUUGACACUGGAUAGUUUAAAAAGGAAACAAUAAGACAAGCAAGCAUUUGGGUAAGGUUUGUAAGAUGUCAAGAGAGCUGGCCAGUAGAAGUAUGGAAGGAGACAUUGAAUACAUAUCUUCAGUUCUUUGAAUAUAAUUAUACUUGAGGACUUUGGAGCCAAGCAUAUGCUUCAGCACCUAAUGGAAGCUGAAUUCCUAAUGUACAGCAUUGAACUGCAUAGCUUUAAUGGUGCAUUUUUGUGUUUGCUGAUUGUGGCACAGAAGCCCUACCAGUUCAUAUUGCAACACAGCUCAUAUUAGGCUAGAUGUUUGCAUCUUUGCGUGUGGCAUGCAACAGAAAUGGUUUUUCUACUACAAAUACUAAACAUUUUAAUUUUGUAUAAUAAAUGAAGACUAGUUAAAAUAAAACGGUGACUAGGUAUAUCUGUACUGAUUUUAUUCUUAGAGAACAUGCUAUAAAGAUCAAUGUGACAUCAGGCUCGCCUAACCAGAUGAGAUCUGUAGCCACACCAGAAGGUUAACUGUAAAUGUAAAGUGUAUCUUACUGUUUUAAGUGUAACAUGCAUUUCUCUUCUAUAAAAGCUUAUUAGAAUAUUAAUAGCAACUCUCCAAAAUCUGUCUAAUUUUUGGACUUCAAGGAUGCCAAUGUAGCCUGAAAGAUGGCCAAGUUUGUUGUUUAAUAUCUGCUCUUUAUAUUUUCAGUAAUAUCCAAUGUGACAUAAGAAAAAGGAGGUAUGGGAGUGAGUUUUGAUCAAAUAUAGAAAGUCUAAUUAUUUAACCCUCAAAAAGUUAGCUUGAAGGAAAAUAAUGACUUAUACUUAAACCAAGACAUCAUCUUCAAAACGGACACAGGGCAAGGGAACAACAACUAACGCCGAGGCCACAGUUUAAACUCUCAUGCCUCUCUGGGUCUUCAAGGUGGGCAAUGGGCCAGCCUUUCCCCGCUUUAUUGCAACAACCACGGUUUUCUCUCCUGGCACGUUAGUGUUUCUCCUCCGGACUGUCUACUGGAACCACCUGAAAAGCUUUGUAGAAACAUCAACACCGAACUCCAGCUGAAUCAUAAGUAAUUCAAGUGGGUGGGUGAGCUCCAAGCACUGGUCAUUUUGGCCACACUAGGCCACAUUGCUCUUGGUCAUCGGAUUGGUUUCUCAAAGCUUUGUGGUUCCAACGGUCUGGGUUAUAUUUUAAAAUGAGGGGACAGUGGCCCUCGCUGUAAAUAAAUAAAACGGGGCAAAGCACAAUAUUUCAUAAAUUUAAAAUCUGAGAUUGUAGAUUAGAACAAAUAGUGGUAACUACAAAGCACUCCUUGAAUAAAAUAUUAUAAAUAAAUA